CGUUGAAAAGAAAAGAAAGAAAAAACAAAAAAACUAGACGUAUUUAAGAGCCGGCGUCAGUGAGGAGAGAAUAGAUUCGUGUCUGCGCCGUGUCUGUGCAACAAUCAUGAGAGUCUUAGCUAUCGUAUUACUCAUUGCCUUUUUGAUUGCUCAGGUGGCAGCUCGGGAUUUAUCUAAAUACAAACCUAGAGGUGUUUUGUUUCCUCGUCCUCCGUCGAAAAACAAGAAACCCAUCGUUCCAGUUAAACAUGCGGCUACCAUAAAUACCCGAGGUUUCUGCGGUAGAGAGAACACGACUAGCAGCCGCAUCGUUGGCGGAACUGAAGCCAGCCCCAAUUCUCUGCCAUGGCAAGUGGCUUUCUUCGUCGAUGAUAGAUUUUUCUGCGGUGGUUCUCUGAUUUCUAACGAGUGGAUUCUCACCGCUGCCCACUGUGUCGAAGAUGCUGGCUUCUUUGACAUUUUGUUGGGUGCCCACAAUGUUCGAUUGAAUGCCACCGAGGAGCCUCAUCGAAUUGAAGUCAGGUCUAAUUUCUCCAUCGUCCAUCCUGAAUGGUCAUCCGUUCGUUUCAAGAACGACGUGGCUCUCAUCAAGCUUCCACAGCCAAUUAAAUUCACGCCUGAAAUCCAGCCAGUUUGUAUGGCGCCACCUUCGGAACCCGAUCACGUUGGUGACAUUCUCCACGUUAGCGGAUGGGGGAGAUCUUCCGACUUGGCUGCCGGAAUCUCACCUAUCCUGCGUGAAGUGGAUGCUCCGUGCAUUUCUAACGAGCAGUGUGCCCUGACCUACGGUGCCACGAUUACGGACGGCAUCAUUUGCCUCUCCGCUGCUGAUGGCAAAGGAUCUUGCAACGGUGAUUCGGGUGGCCCGUUGAGUUUCAUCAACGAGGGCGUCCACAACCAGGUCGGCAUCGUUAGCUUUGGUCCCGCAGCCGGAUGCGAAAUUGGUUUGCCCGCCGCAUUCUCUCGUGUUUCUUUUUAUGCCAAAUGGAUCUCAUCCAUAACGGGCUUGAUCAUAUAAUUUAUAGGCUUCUACAAUUUGCAACGUUUUGCUUCAUUAGCCAAUGUUAUUUUUUCGCUUGUGUCCUGAUAUCAAUGUGUUCUUUUUGUUGUUGUAAUUGUUUAGUUUUAAUGCCGAUCUAAACAUUUUGGGGGGCAACAACAAUUUUUAUUUAGUCAACACAUGCAGUCCACCAAUAGAUCAGUAAGAAAAGAUUAAAAAAAUUGACACCCAAUUCAAUGAUGAGGUUUUUAUUUGACCACACUAUAAUCAGGCAACUAAAAUAAAUUGGACUGUUAAAAAACGACCGACUACAAUGGAAGAGCUUUCUAGGAAACCUUAGGGGAGAGAAGCCUCCGUGAAUACCCAAACACCGAAAUACAACCGUCUUAGGUGAUGUUACAUCACAACCUUUUGAUAGCCUCUGCACCGUUUAUCAUUUCCGAGGGCAGCUUUUCCUGUGAUAUUUUGCAGACGACGAAAAGUCGGACUGGACGUCUCACAACGACUCGGACAACAACACAACCUUUGCCAAUGAGGAAAGGGAUUCAAUUUUACGUUUCCAAAACUACUACCUGAGAGUGCUUCGAUAUUGCCUGGCCGCCACCAGGAUAACAAACGAAGAGAACAGGAAAACGGUGCCACUGAUGGAUCCCAACAUCCUCUUGCGACGUUCUGCGUACGAAAAAACAAACAAAAAACAAGUGCAACGGAACCGAUGCGAUGGGAAUACAAGAAGAGGAAUUCGUUAAAACAACUGAGAUAGUACUAGCUAACAAAUAGCUAAAACAAAAUGUAUAAUGGUUGCAAUCAAACAACAAAAGAGUUUAUUGGAAGAUACUACUUGGUGGUGAGCAAAAAACAUUCCCCAAAAAAAGACAAAACAUACGUCUACAAAUGAAUAUAUGGCUUGUUUUUGGUAAUAGUUUCAGUGGGUUAAAGUCAUGCUUGCUAAGGGUCUCACAAUAAGGAAUGUUCUCUCUCAUUUGGAUUUUUCUUAUUAAAGCUUUGUGUUAGCGCCAAACAGUGUAAAAAAAAAUGGGAUAGAACUAAAUAGAACUCUUCAAAAAAUACA